CAUAGAAACACAGUAGCCUUUUGAUUGGAGCCACGCUAGGAAGCCAACGAACGUCAAACAUGGCCCGAGCAACGACCAUCAAGGAAGCUCUGCAACGCUGGUCGACGGAACGGGACGGCGAGGACCCCACUAAGGCCAAAGACAUUCAGCUCCAGUUCCAAUGGCCCCCUGUUGAAAAAAUGGACGGGACGUUGUCUACGUUGGUGGAAUGCGAAAAGCUGAGUUUAUCAUCAAACAUGAUCGACAAAAUAGUUGGACUGAAUGGAAUGAAAAGCCUCCGCAUUCUAUCUCUGGGCAGGAACAACAUCAAAACGUUGACCGGACUGGAAGUGGUCGGUGAAACACUGGAAGAGCUGUGGAUUAGUUACAAUAUCAUCGACAAGCUGAAGGGUGUCGAAAAUCUGAAGCGCCUCAAGGUGCUCUACAUCGGAAACAACUCGAUCCGUGAGUGGGGAGAAUUCAACAAGCUGCAGGCGGUCCCCACCCUGGAGGAACUGCUGUUCGUUGGCAAUCCGCUGGUCGAGAACAUCGACGGGGUCGCCUAUCAGAGAGAGGUGCUGAAAAGAUUACCGUUCCUGAAAAAGUUGGACGGGGAAGCGCUGCUGGCGGAUGAAGACUGAUGGCUUGCUGGUUUUCUAUUUAUUUUAUUUCUUUUUUAUAUGAAUGUACGUAUACAGAUGAAGCAUUUGUCCGGAGAUUGAAUUUGACAGCAAAGGAUCAGCAGCAGUCCACGUUUUAUCAUAUCUUUUUUCUUGCCAUUUGCAUAGCCAUAUCUUCCGGGUAGAUUUUUUCAACAUUCCACAUGAUGGUGUAAAUCGUCAUAAAUCUGUCAUUUCAGCUUUUUCUUUGUUUGCACAUAUAUUUUUCUACAUUUCUCAAUCCGUGGUACAUACCCACAUGCAGCGAAAACGAUGGAAAUUUUUUCCCAGAAAAAAAAACGUCUCCGGAAGUGGAGAGCCAGGAUGUAAAAAGCGGAAACAUCAAGCUUUCAAUUUGUCACAGAAAUAAAUAUAUUUAUCUUCUGAUUCUUUUGCUCUCGUUGUACUAAAUGGGGGAUCGCAAUAAACACGAUUGUGAUUGAUAUGAGGUUCUAGGUAUAUUUUCAGAAAUGAAAAAAAAAACUGUGGUUAAAUAUAACAUGGUGCAUUGUAAAAUUGAUGUUAUAGCCUCCUUAGAAAUGGUGAUGAACACGACAACUUUGUAGAUCAUCAAGAGCUUUACAAAUUUGGUAUCUUGAGAAUACCUCAAGAUCAGUAUAACCCUGUAGAUAACAUCUUUAGAGAUUGAUAGGAUUCUGGGGUAUUCUUGAUGAUGCAAAAAUCAUUGAUAUAAUUUAUUUAAAUGUAGUAGGAAUAAAAGCUCUGAACUGCCAUCCAGGGGGAUGCCAAAGGUCAAGAAUCAACAUCGCAGUGUUCGAUUCAACAUGGCUUCCAGUU